AUGUUCUCCAAAUUCAUUAGUGUCGCAUUCAUCCUCGCUGCAACUUUGGCACCUUCCAGCGCCGUGGUCUUCCCUCGUGACCCUCAGGCUGGUACUCUAACUCCCACUAUCACGCCCACCACUAUGUCCACGCCCACCACUACGUCGUUGUCUUCCACCACACCCACCACAUCCUCCAAGCCUGUCACGCCUACCACCUCCACUACACCUACUUCCACACCUACCACUUCUAUCACACCUCCGCCCUCUACCACGUCUUCGCAUCCCACUACCAUUGUUACGCCUCCCGCUACCAUUCCGUCCUCUAUCCCGAUCACGCCUACUACCUCGUCAACGCCCACGACGUCUGUGAACCCUGCUGCUCAGCCCAGCAAGGCGUCCUCUCCAUCCGUGCUGUCAGUGACGUGUAAUGGCAUCCAGCCAUGGCAGGUUAAUCUUGCAUAUAGCGCAGGCGCUCAGGUUAUCUUCAACAACCAGCUGUGGACCGCCAAUCAGUGGAGUUAUAACAACAACCCUCAGUCUGCCGCCGCCGCGUGGACUCUGAACGGGUUCUGCACCCAACCGAUUAGCAACAAAGUCGAUUGCACCGGAAUUCCUGGUUGGGUCAAGUCCACCGCCUACAAUGGGGGUUCCAAAGUAACCUUCAAUGGUCAACUCUGGAUUGCCACGCAGUGGACCGAGAGUAACAGCCCUGGCGAUGCUUCCGGAACUUGGAAGGAUUUGGGUGUUUGUAACUAA